AGCAGUUGCCGGCAAUAAUAGCCAACCAGUACCAAGUUCUGGUUCAGCUCUGAAAACAGAGAACUGGUGGAGACUUGCUCAGUCUCAGAGGACUUCAGGACCUAAGACAGCUCCAACAAUCUCCUUCAAUAUAGAAAGCUCCCAAGGAACACUACUUGGUAAGGUACGAAGAUGGAAACCAGAAGUAAGUCCCAGGUCCUUGUGCUGCUCACAAUUGUCUGCAUGCUCUUCUCACAAACGCUGGCAUGGCCUCUUUUCGGAGCACCCUCUUCUCUGAGGUUAGAUGACAGAAUACCACUUGAAGGAGCAAAUGAACCUGAACACGUUUCUUUAAAAGUAGACACUGACAUCUUGCAAAGUGCAUUAGCUGAAAAUGACACACCGUAUUAUGAUGCAUCCAGAAAUGCCAGACAUGCUGAUGGAGUUUUCACCAGUGACUUUAGUAGACUCUUGGGUCAACUUUCUGCCAAAAAAUACCUUGAAUCCCUUAUUGGAAAACGGGUUGGCAACAGCAUCACAGAAGACCAGGGGCCAAUCAAACGCCACUCGGAUGCAGUCUUCACUGACAACUAUACCCGCCUUCGAAAACAAAUGGCUGUAAAGAAGUACCUGAACUCCAUUCUGAAUGGGAAGAGAAGCAGUGAGGGAGAAUCUCCUGACUUUCCUGAAGAGCUAGAAAAAUAAUAGAAAAGCCCUUGGAAGAAAGCUGUUGACAGCUUCCCAGUGAACUCGUGAAGGAAAACGAUAGACGAAGUAAUUAUAUUUUGAGUUCUACAUAAGUAAUUUAAGAACACGACUUCAGUAUCAAAACCAAAUAAAAUAUAUAGUGUCGUGAAUGUUGUGGUUUACUUUAUCCUGAUGUAAUAACUGUGAUGUUUACACUGUAAAUAUUAUUUGAGAGUUCUAAAAUCUGUCUUUAAUUCAUGAAAAUCCUGUAAUCUCAUAUGCUGUGUAUCCUUUCUAACCAAAAUAUGUUUAGUGAUAAGUAAAUAGUAGGUCAAUUCCUAUUAUGUGGAGCUUUGGAGGAGUGUAGUAAUAGAACACAAAUGAUGUGGGUAUUUAUAGGCCAUACUUAACUAUUCAGAAGCAUGGAGCACAUAAUCAGUGUGUCUAAAUUUGAACAUUAAGCAGCUAGAAUGCUGUGUUAAAUAAACUGCAAAAAGUCUACCAGAAAGCAAAUUGAAAGAUAAAAAGACAUUCUUCAAAAUAGACUUUCAGAAAAUGGUAUGUGUUUUUGCAUUUUUAGGCAAGUUUAUUUUGAAUGAGAUUUAAAAUCUCUCAAGUUCAGAUCUGUAAUUGCCGAAGGCUCUUUUCUGAUGUGGUGUUUCAGUGAAAAAGAAUGGCCUCUAUUUCUGACACUGGACCUUUCCUUUUUGCUUGUGUUAAGUAUGUGUCAAAUGUAAACUGAAUGGAACAUUGGUUUUCGGUAAUAAAUUUUUUUCCCAUAAUUACUCAAGUAAUGUUUUGGUCAUCAGCUUCCUUCAGUGAAAGUAUAUUUGGAGACCUGACUAUUUUUCCAACAUGUAGGAAAUUAAUAGAGAAAAUAAAGAACUUUGAUUAUCAUUGCA